AUGGUUAGACAAGCAAUUGACUCAGGUUGGAAGUUUAAACAGGCUGAUAAGCCCGACUCAGACUACUCAUCAGUCUCGCAGUUUCCCACUGUAGUCCAGUUGGAUCUCCUCGCUCAGGGAAAGAUUCCUGACCCUUUUCUGGAUUCGAACCAGUCCAAAGUUCAAUUCAUUGGUGAGCGUGAAUGGAUUUACAAAACAGUUUUCACUGCUGAUGACGAAAAUGAAGCUACCUCUGAACUGGUUUUUGAUGGUUUGGAUACUCAUGCUAAUGUCUAUCUCAACGGUGAGAAGAUCCUCUAUGCGGAGAACAUGUUUGUUCAAUACAGGGUUGAUGUAUCCAAGAAAUUGAAGAAAGAGAACGAAUUGCUAAUUCACUUCGAAUCUACAUAUGUAAUCGGCAAAAAGCUCGAAGAAAAGCAUGGCGCUGACUUCCUCUGUUGGAAUGGUGUCAGUUCCUCCAGGCUCGCAGUGAGGAAGGCUCCUUACUCCUAUGGUUGGGAUUGGGGUCCAAUCUUAUUGACUGUUGGUCCAUGGAAGCCAAUUUGGUUAGAAAGAUAUUCGUCUAGAAUUGUCGAUGUGUCAUAUGCUACCAAAUUCAACAGCUACUCAGAUGUUACUCUAGAGAUCACUACCGAAGUCGAGGGAAAUGCUGGUGGUCUGAAAUAUGAACUUAUAUCUCCUAAUGGUGAUGUCGUUGCUAGUGAGAGUGGCCCCUCUAAAAUAUCAUUUAACUUGAACGAUCCUCUUCUGUGGUAUCCCAUUGGCUAUGGAAAGCAAUCUCUUUACACCCUACGCACAUCAUUGAUUUCGUCGGGAAAGACUAUUGACUCUAAGGAGACAAAGAUUGGUCUUAGAGAGAUUAAGCUGGUUCAAAAGCCUUUGGAAGGAGAAGAAGGUACCAGUUUCUUUUUCCAAAUCAAUGGAAUUCCUAUCUUCUGCAAAGGAUCUGAUUGGAUUCCUUGCGACUCUUUAUUGCCAAGAGUGGAUGCCAAAAAACUCCGCAACUGGGUUCAAUUGGCAGCUGAUGGAAACCAAAAUAUGAUUCGUGUAUGGGGAGGAGGUGUCUAUGAAGAUGAUGCCUUUUACGAGGCCUGUGACGAGAUUGGUGUUAUGGUAUGGAACGAUUUUCAAUUUGCAUGUGGUGCUUAUCCCGCCGAUAAGCACUAUAUUGAUAUUGUGAAGGAUGAAGCUGUAUACAAUGUUAAGAGACUUAGAUCUCAUCCUUCUAUUGUUUUGUGGUGUGGUAAUAAUGAGGACUAUAUGUUUGCUGAGCACUACAAGCUUGAGUAUGAUGCCAAGGAUUCUAAUCCCGAAAACUGGCUCAAGACCAACUUCCCAGCUAGAUACAUCUAUGAAGUCACUUUCAAAGAGGUUUGUGAGAGUCUAACACCAGAAGUCCCUUACCACUUUGGUUCGCCUUGGGGUGGUGCACUCAGUAACUCCAAGGAGUAUGGAGAUACCCAUUCCUGGGAAGUAUGGAUGGCAGAUGGAAAGCAGUUGCCUUACCAGGAAUAUCACACUAUUUCCGGACGAUUUGUGUCUGAGUUUGGUAUGAAAUCUUAUCCCAACAUGAAGACUAUCAAAGAGUUCAUUACCGAGGAAAAGGACAGAUAUCCUCAAUCUCGUGUCAUGGAUGACCAUCAAAAAGCUCCUAGAGAUCAAUCUUCUUUAGCUCUUUAUCUGGUUGAUAACUUCAAGCACGGUUAUUCAAUGGAGAAAUAUGUCUAUGCUACUCAAUUACUCCAGGCAGAGGCAUUGAGCAAUGCAUACCAAUCUUGGAGAAGGCUGUGGAAAGGACCCGGUAAAGAAUACUGUGCCGGAUCUUUGGUCUGGCAGUUGAAUGACUGUUGGCCAGUUGUCAGUUGGUCAUUGGCUGACUAUUCUCUUCGACCCAAGGCCUCAUUUUUCACUAUUAAGAGGGACAUUGCUGAUAUUUCUGUCGGUAUUUUCCGCAAGUCUGAAGAGAUUAAGAAAUCAAAGUACACUGAUGUUGAUAUUGAGAAGAAAGUUUCAGUCGAAGUAUGGGGAUCCAACUUUACGCUCUCCUCGGUUCCUGCUGAUUUGAUCUUGACUGGUUAUGCUGUGGAUGGUAAGAAGCUUUGGACCAAGACCCAGUCCAAUGUUGUUUUGCAUCCUAACAGCAGUACCGAACUCACUGUCGAGGCACUGAACGAUGAGCAACCUUGUAUUGUGUUUGCAAGAUUGGAAAGCAAGGGCAAAGUCUUGGCUAGAACCGCAAACUGGCCUCAACCACUCAAGUAUCUUGACUUGGCUAAGCCUGAUAUUUCUCUGUCUGUCAAUGGCGAUGAAAUCUCAGUUCGUGCAGAUGCCCCAGUUAAGGGACUGAUCUUUGAUCUCGAGCACGACGAAGUCAAGUUCGAAGACAAUUGUUUGGACUUGGAGCCUGGUGUCGAGCAAAAAAUCCACGCCAAGGGCCUCAAUGGCCGCUCUGUCACAUAUCUCCAUCUCGGAAUUGCCUAUUAA